AUGACGGGGGAGCAGGAGGUGAUGCAGCAGCACACUGCGUUCGGGAAGGCCCUUUAUGAUCUGACCCAUUCAGAGAGGGUGAUGAACGAGCUGACGUUUGGACGGCGGGUGGGGCUUUACGAGCUGAGAGGAGAGAUCGGCUCCGGAAACUUCUCCCAGGUUAGACUGGGGAUACAUGAUCUGACCAAAGAAAGAGUGGCAGUAAAGAUCCUGGAUAAGGUGCGUCUGGACAAGCGAUCGCAGGAGCUUUUCACCUCUGAAAUCUCUUGCAUGGAGAAGCUGGCUCACCCCAACAUAGUGCGCCUGUAUGAGGUGGUGGAGACCUUCAAGCGGCUCUACCUGGUGAUGGAGUAUGCCGGCGGAGGAGAGCUGUUCUCCCGUAUCAGCACCAGGGGGCGCCUGUCAGACUUGGAGAGCAAGCUUGUGUUUUCUCAGGUGCUGUCUGCAGUCAAACACAUGCAUGAUAAUAAUAUUGUGCACAGGGACCUGAAGGCUGAGAACGUCUUCUACACCAACACCUACUGCAUCAAAGUGGGUGAUUUCGGUUUCAGCACGCUCUGCUGCCCCGUCGAUGUCCUUCACACGUUCUGUGGUUCUCCGCCCUAUGCCGCCCCUGAGCUGUUCAGUGAGAAAGGUUACAUUGGCCAGUAUGCAGAUCUUUGGGCGCUGGGUAUCCUGCUUUUCUUCAUGGUGACUGCCACCAUGCCAUUCAAAGCUACCAACACGAGCCGGCUCAGGUGUUGUAUCCUGCAGGGCUCAUAUGCCAUUCCCCCGUAUGUACCCAGAUCAUGCCAGGAGAUCAUUAAGGGCCUCCUGAGCCCUGUUCCUGUGGGUCGCCUCACAAUGGCGCAGAUCAUGGACAGUGACUGGAUGAGAGGUAUUGAAUACCCACAGGCCUACCCAGUUUGUAGCCCUACACCCCACCAGCUGGUCGAGCCUUCCUACGUCCUAAGCUCAGAUGAACUGAAUGUGAAGGUAGCGCUGGAGGAUCUCGGCAUCACCAAGAUCCAGCUCCUCAGCAACAGCGUAGACCUGAGAAGCCCCAUUACUGGGGCUUACCGGAUCUUGCUACACCGCAUCCAGAAGAGGAGGUCUGUGGAGGCUGUGGGCUACAGCCAGGCGUGCACCAAAGAGUCCCAGAACAGGCGCACACGGAGAGCGGACGGCCUGCUGAACAAACACCACUCUGUGGUCUGUAUCAUCAUGUAA